CUAAGCAUCCGGUUCCGGCAAAUGUGACAUUACAUGUUAAAGUAGAAUAAUUUCUACGUAAACUGCGACCAAAAUGCUUAUUAAAAGAUUUUGCACAUUAUGUAUGAAAAGUGCUGUAGACAUCAGUAACCAGGGCUCUAAAAGAUUCUACAGUGCCAGCACAAAACUUACUAAUACAGAAGUGAGGAAGAAAAGAAAUGCGAUAUUUGAUGAAGAAAAGCAGAGACAGCGGGAAGCCUUUGUUAAGCGGGUGGAAAAAAUCACAGUGGAUUACAGUGGCCCUCCAGAAAAUGUGACACUUUUAAUGAAUAAAGACAUUUCCACACCAUACAAUUGUGCUAUGCAUGUUCACGAGUAUCUAAUGAAGCGGUCAGUGGUUGCGCUGGUGAACGGUCAGCCUUGGGACAUGCACCGCCCCCUGGAGGAAAACUGCUCCCUUGAGUUCAAACAUAUGCUCGAGGUGGACACGAAACUUGUCAAUGAGGUAUUCUGGAGAAGUGGAGCCUUUGCCCUCGGUCAUGUUCUGGAGACAGCCUUCAAGGAUGAUGUUUAUGUGGAGCUGUGUUCAUUUCCUAAAGUUCCUGUUCAGUAUGGGUGCUUUGCGUAUGAUGUGGAUCUCAAACUACCAGACUGGAAACCAACUCAGAGAGAGUUGACGGGACUGGGCAUGGUCGGCGGGAGACUGUGGGGUCACAACUGGGACAUUGAGAGACUUGACGUGGAUGCCAGCGUCGCCCUGAAAAUGUUCGCUGAUAAUAGGUUCAAGUCUGACCAGAUUCCUGACAUAGCUGCCAAGUCUGACCACAAUCGUGUGAUUAUUUACCGGAUGGGCGACCAUAUCGACAUCACGAAGGGCCCGCUGAUAGCAAACACUUCACAAUUCUACAGGUUCCAAGUCACUGCGAUUCAUCAGAUCAGCUCACAGCGAUAUGGCUCUCUACAGCGGGUCCAGGCCAUAGCCCUGCCUUCAGCACUCAUGAUGCAUUGGUGGAGCUGGGAAUUACUGUGUGAAAGAGCAGCUAAACCUAUGAUGUACAUGUUACCAGAUGCGUUUUUGAAGCCAAAACAGGAAGAAAUAGAUGACAAGGAGGGGGACAGGCUGGUAUCCAGCACAAGUAGCUCAUGAAUGCAGGGAACUGGAGUUUGAGGCUUUGCAAGGAUCAAUACUGAUAAAUGCAAGGAAGUAAAGCCAAUAGACUUGUUUAAGAUGUGCCUGAUAAUGCAUGUAAUUCCAAAAUUAUCAGAGCAAGUGUCGCAUGAUAGCUUGGAACCAGUGUGGUUUAUGCGACUUUGAGAAUACACAACAGAACUACAACUACAUGAAGCUAUCAAAGUACUAGAUGUCGUAGUUCUUGUGGUGUGAAAAUAAGUGCAGACCUGUUCUGGAUAUAAUACUAGGACUUGUGAGAAAAAAACAAACUUAUUAUUUCAUUUUAUGUAUUUCAUUGCCUUUUAAAGUUUCAAUUUGUAUCAACAAUUCAAUAUGUUUACAUAGGUGGCUGACUUAUUAUGGUGCAUACGAUAAAAUAUCCUACUGUCAAGAAUUAUAGUUAAACAUUGUGAUAAAGUCGCUUAGUGAACUAGAGGUAUUGUUUGCAAAUUCAAACUAGGUGUAUAUUAAGUGACCAAAUAAUCAAUUUGUUUUGAAAUAAAUAGCAUUACUGCUUGCAUUUUCCAACUCGAAAACAGGCUCUAAAGAUAAAAUCGCUGAUAACAGGGACCCAAGUUGGACCAUACAAUGGUGUUGGCUUGAUGUUAAAGUUUUUGUUAGGAAUAUGUUUCUUAUAUGAAAAUCAUGUCUAACCUAUUAUCUGCUUGGAUAUGGCUAAAUUGACCUUAUCUCAUGAAUUGAAUUCAAAUGUACAUACAAUUUCUAGAAUUCACUUUAUUUUGGACAACAGUUGAUUGCAGCAUAAGCAUUAUGAUGAUACAUCGGGGAUUGAAGGGUAAUUGUUUUCCUUUUACAAGAAGCGAUUUUAUUAGCGUUAACAGUUCUUAUCUUUUAUUUCCUUGUAUUUCAUGCUGCUUUAAAAUAAAGGUAGAUGUUUUGAACGACAUCUUAAAUAUAUGUAUGCUUAUGUAUAAAUAAUGUACAUGGGCAUUGAAAGAUAUGAAAAUAAAGUUGAAUCAAG